AUGCAGUCGCUCCUGCUCCCGCUGCUGCUGGCCUGUUUGCUGCUCCCCAGGGCAGAGGCAGGAGAGAUCAUCGGUGGACAUGAGGCCAGACCCCACUCCCGACCCUACAUGGCAUUUCUACAGAUAUCAGAUCAGAAAUCUGAGAGCUGGUGUGGCGGUUUCCUGAUUCGAGAGGACUUCGUGCUGACAGCCGCUCACUGUAAAGGGAGAUCAAUGACUGUCACCCUGGGGGCCCACGACAUCACCAUGCAGGAGAGGACCCAGCAGGUCAUCCCUGUGAAGAGGGCCAUCCCCCACCCAGAUUAUAAUGCUAACACCAUUGCCAAUGACAUCAUGUUGCUGCAGCUUCAACGGAAGGCCACAUUGAACACCAAUGUGAAAACCAUCAGGCUGCCCAGGAAAAACAAAUCAGUGAAGCCGGGGAAGGUGUGCACUGUGGCCGGAUGGGGGCGCUUAGGCGUCACUGCCCAGCGUGCACAUAAACUGCAGGAGGUAGACCUUGCAGUUCAAAAGGACAGUGUUUGCCUCCAUGUCUUCAAAGACAAUCUUUACGACAGCACCACCCAGAUAUGUGCGGGAGAGCCUGGAACAACAAAGGCUUCAUUUAAGGGUGACUCCGGGGGCCCCUUGGUGUGUAACAAGGUGGCUCAGGGAAUCGUCUCCUACGGGCCCCAGGAUGGGACGCCUCCACGUUUCUUCACCAGGAUCUCAAGCUUUGUGCCCUGGGUAGAAGAAACAAUGAGACAAGUCACACUGCAGGGACCAGGCUGA